UCAGUUUUCUUCAACGUCAAAUUCAAAUGACUGAUUUGACACUAUUUUAUUUUCAAUUGCAUCGUUUUUAUAUAGGUUAUUAAAAUCAUAAAAUACAAAGUUAAACAAUAUAUACUGUAUUAAAAAUCUCAUAUUACUUAAUAGAAAUGUCAACACGAUGGUACCCUAUUUAUCAAAGGGGAAAUCCUCAGUUAAGAGUAUUUCUUCCUAAUUUUUGGAUGAAACUAGUACGUCCCGAAGGUAAUCAACAACAUAACAAAGUUACGUUUCACUGUUCAAUGGAAAUGACAAAACAUGAUGUGAAAAACUAUUUAGAGAAGAUAUAUAAUGUUCCUGUGGCUGACGUGAAAACUAAAAUUGCUAUGGGGAGAUUUCGAAAAGAUAUUGGCCAGGGUUAUGUUAUAAAAGAUGAUGACGUCAAGUUUGCUUAUGUUACAUUGCCAAAAGAUAUGAAAUUUAAAUUUCCUAAUAUAUUUGAGAAGAAAAAAGGCGAUGGUGAUGAUGAUAUGAAAUCUUUAGAUGAAGCUAAAAAGUCAUUUAAGAACUAUAUAGAAAGAAACAAAGAUAGAUCAGACGUUCCAAGCUGGUUUUCUAUUUAAUUUAUUGAAAAUUUAGUUUUAAUUAGAUUUAGCAUCAUGUA